AUGAAGUUAUGGUAUAAGCCUCUUCUAAAGGAAACGAUUAACAGUGGGUCAAAACUCACAAGGAGUCGCAAUGUAUCCGCUGAGCAGAAGGAUGAGAACAAAGAAGCAAAGCCUCGUUCCCUGCGCUUUACUUGGAGAAUGAAGACCACUAGUUCCAUGGAUCCCAGUGACAUGAUUCGGGAAAUCCGCAAAGUGCUGGAUGCCAAUAACUGUGACUACGAGCAAAAAGAGCACUUCUUAUUCUUCUGUGUCCAUGGCGAUGGGCACGCGGGGAACCUUGUGCAGUGGGAGAUGGAGGUGUGCAAGCUGCCAAGACGGUCUCUGAACGGGGUCCGGUUUAAGCGGAUAUCAGGGAUGUCCAUCGCUUUCAAAAAUAUUGCUUCCAAAAUUGCAAAUGAGCUUAAGCUGUAACCCAGUAAUUAUGGUGUAAAUUAAAUAGCAACUUUAAGUGUUUUCCUGAGCACUGAUGGAAAUGUAUAGAGUAAUAUUUAGGCAAUAGCGUCUGCAUCUUCUAAGUCAUGAUAUUAAAAUACAAGG